CUUCAGUCCCCUCACAUGACUCGAGGCGGCCGUAAACACAGCGGUCAUGUGACUCGAGCCGGAGAGGAAGCGACAAUCACGGCGAUCAUGUCUGAACGGACGCCGCUGCUUCAUUACCGGCUCUCCGCCAGCGUCAAUGAAUCCGAGCAACGCGAGACCGUCACCGCAGGAGAUGAGCGCGAGCACCGGAGCCCGGCGACGGUCCGGCGGAAAACCGCCGUCAAACAGCCGCCGAAACUCAACACGUUCUUCGGCGUGGUGAUCCCGACACUGCUGUCAAUGUUCAGUGUGGUUGUGUUCCUGAGAAUAGGUUUUGUUGUGGGUCAGUGUGGUCUGUAUCAGACUAUAUUGAUGCUGCUGGUGGCGUAUUUCAUCAUCAGUAUGACGGUUCUGUCUGUGUGCGCCAUCUCAACCAAUGGAGCGCUGGACGCUGGAGGAGCGUACUAUAUGAUCAGUCGUGCUUUGGGUCCAGAGUUUGGCGGCAGUAUUGGGAUUAUGUUUUUUCUGGCUAAUGUGUGCGGCAGCGCCCUCUUUGUGCUGGGGCUGGUGGAGGCCAUUCUCGCCACCUUCGGUGCUCCUGAAGAUGGAUCGUCUGCCAUCUCACGGUACGCGGUGUUGCCAGGGGGUUACUGGUGGUCCUUGCUUUACGGCACAGUGGUUUUACUGCUGUGUUUGUUUGUGUGUCUGAUCGGAGCCGAUAUCUACGCUAAAGCCACCUUCAUCAUCUUCCUCAUCGUCAUGGCGGCGUUGAGCAUCAUUUUCAUCAGUUUCUUCGCUGUCAAGCCUCACGUCAUCAACCUUCCCAACCGGAACUCGUCCUUUGGUCCUACGGAAGCCAACUUCACCGGCUUUAAAUUAGACACGCUGAUGUCAAACCUGCAGGCGGACUACACAGUGGACUACACUACAAAUGUGAUGAUGACGUUUGCGACCGUGUUCGCCGUGAUGUUUAACGGAUGUACCGGGAUCAUGGCUGGAUCCAACAUGUCUGGUGAUCUGAAGAACCCGAGCUACUCCAUUCCUCGCGGCACCAUCACUGCCGUCAUAUUCACCUUCAUCAUCUACAACCUGCUGAGUUUACUGAUCUCCUGCACCUGUGGCCGAGUUCUCUUGCAGAAAGAUUACAGUUUUCUCCGAGAUAUAAACGUCUGGGGUCCUCUCGUGACCAUCGGUGUUUAUUCCUCCACGCUGUCAGCUGCUAUGAGCAAUCUGAUUGGUGCGUCCCGUAUUCUGUACGCUCUGGCCCGGGACGAUCUGUUCGGACGAGCUCUGUCUCCAGCUAAACGCACAUCAGGCAGUGGGAACCCCUGGUCGUCUGUCCUCAUCUCAUGGUUUCUUGUGCAGCUGGUUUUAUUCGCAGGGAAGUUGAACACUAUUGCAAGUAUCGCCACUAUAUUCUUUUUGCUGGUGUAUGCAGCUGUAGAUCUGGCCUGUCUGGCGCUGGAGUGGGCGUCCGCCCCAAACUUCAGACCCACGUUCAGGUAUUUCACGUGGCACACGUGUGUUCUGGGGAUCAUCGGCUGUGCCAUCAUGAUGUUUCUCAUCAACUCCAUCUAUGCGUCUGCCAGCAUCGCCUUCAUGAUUCUCUUACUGCUGCUCAUUCAUUACCUGAGUCCUGUCAGCAGCUGGGGCUGCAUCAGCCAGGCACUCAUCUUCCACCAGGUGCGUAAGUAUCUGUUAAUGCUGGACGUUCGUAAAGAUCACGUGAAGUUCUGGAGACCUCAGGUGCUGAUGAUGGUGUCAAACCCCAGGUGCAGUGUGGGAUUGAUCACCUUCAUCAAUGACAUCAAGAAGAGUGGACUCUAUGUGCUGGCUCACGUGCAGCUGGGAGAUCUGGAUGUUCUCCCGUGUGAUCCGCUGCAGACUCAGUAUGACUCGUGGUUGUCUCUGGUGGAUCAUUUGAAUAUUAAAGCGUUUGUGAAUCUCACGCUGGCAGAUUCCGUCAGACAUGGAGUUCAACACCUGCUGUUCAUAUCAGGACUCGGCGGUAUGAGACCCAACACUCUGGUCCUGGGUUUCUAUGACGACGCCCCGCCUCAGGACCGACUCCUGGACUCUACCCUGUCCAUAGUCAAACCCACCGAAAACUCGGCUCAGGUGGACGACCCUGAAGACACAGACGACCCUCCUUUUCAUUUCCCACCACUGAGAGGGGACAGAGGCGGGAAAUACCUGGGCCCUCAAGAGUACGUCUGUGUAAUCGCGGACGCCGUAAAGAUGCUGAAGAACAUCGCGCUAGCUCGAUACUUCGGAGAGUUUGAUCGGACUCAAGCUCUCACGGGUUCCGUGUUUGUGGACGUUUGGCCGGUGAAUCUGCUGCGACCGGACAGCGCCGCCUACGUCGACACCUGCUCGCUUUUCUUGCUGCAGCUCGCCUGCAUCCUGAACAUGACCAGGGCGUGGCAGAAAGCCAGACUCCGCCUCUUUCUCUGCGUGGAGGCGGGCCGGAGCCUCAAGGGGACGGAACACAAGCUCGGACUCCUCCUGAAAGAGCUCAGGAUGAAGGCGGAGAUCCGGACGGUCCCCUGGGACGCUCAGGUUGCCCUUCACUGGCAGCGGCAGACGGGCUCGGAGAGUCACCGAGAGGAGGAGCCAGAAAGUGACGUGGGCGGAGUCGAGCCCGACACUGAGUACGCCAACAGUUUUCAGAGCAACACGUCGCGCGUGUCCGACGAGUAUUUACAGGCGGUUAAUAAGCUGAUCCUGGACCAACCGCUCGGCCCGCCCGCCGUCCGCUUCCUGUAUCUGCCACGCCCUCCCGCGGACACCAGCCGUUACCAUGACUACCUGCAUCAGUUAGAAGUGCUCACGCGUGACCUGGGCCCGACCCUGUUGAUUCACGGGGUGACGCCGGUCAUCACCACCGACCUGUGAGCUUGACAUCACGCGCUCAAGUCUGAUAAUCCACUCCUGACGAUCAGAAAGUAUAGAAAGAAUUCAUGACGGUACACGUUUACUUGUUUGCCUGCACUUCACACGCGCUACGGAUCAUGAGAAGUUUUCCGCAUACUUUCACCUCUUUUCUGAUUUCUAUUUUCUUUCUUUAUUUCUUCUUCCUUCCUCUCCGGUGGAAACUGAACCUCACGGUUUGGCUCACGGUCGGCGCUCUCAACGUUCCACUUCUUUUUCUACAUUUUCUCUGUUUACACGUGUGAACGCUUCAGUACGAUACCUUCAUUUUUCUUUAAAGCUUGAAUGUUUUAGGAAACUCCAGAAGUAUUUUUCUUUUAUGCUCCAGAAGAAGAAGAACUGAUGUGUGUGUGUGUUUACUCCGAUCAAUAACGGUUGUCUUUCUAAAGUCUAAACUACUGCUGUGUUUUUAUGCUGUUUUAUUGACCAAAGUGCUUUGUGUUUGCAUUGUGUGUGUCCACAUGUGCCUUGCUUUACAUUGUUCCUAACGAAAGAGCACAAACACACACACAACUGACAAACACUGCGAUAUACCUCCAGACGGACGGAUGAAAAAACACUCUUUUGUGUGUUUGUGUUGUUUUUAAGAUCAAUUAUUUUAAGCACUGUAAAUGAUUGUGUAAAAAAUGAAAUGGGCAAAGGAUAUAAAUUAAAAAAUAUAUAAUGUUU